AUGGCGCAAGCAGGAGGAAAGUGGGGGAAAACCAGAACCAUGCAGUUGACAGAGCCUUCCACAUUUGACUCUGACAUGGCUCUUCCUCCUAAACAUCUCCAGCUUCCUUCUUCUUGUAGGCUUCCUCUCUAUUCUUCCUUCGGCUUUUCGAUUCCUUCGUCUCCACUCUCUGUUUCUGCUUCAACGAUUCGAGUCUCCACGAAAUCCGGUUCCGUACGCGUCAGUUUCAGUCGACGAUCGAUCGUCAGAUACAACGAUCACGCCGGAGAAGAUGAAGAAAGUAUUGACGGCGAGGAGGAGGAAGAGGAUUGGAGCUUUGAGGAAGCAGUCGCGCUCUUCAACCAGAGAGAUUAUUACAGGAGCCACGACGCGCUCGAGGCUCUUUGGAUCCGAGCAGAGGAGCCAUCUCGAACCCUUUUCCAUGGAAUUCUUCAGUGUGCCGUCGGAUUUCACCAUCUCUUCAACAGCAACCAUAAAGGAGCGAUGAUGGAGUUAGGAGAAGGAGUAUGCAAGCUAAGGAGGAUGAAUUUCGAAGACGGACCGUUUCACGAAUUCGAGAGAGAUGUCUCUGCCGUUUUAGAAUUCGUUUAUCAAACUCAGCUCGAACUCGCUGCCUGUUCGGAAGAUAUGUGUGUGACGAUGGAUCAAUCGGACAGGUCUUACCAACUGUUGGGUGGUUAUGCAGCUGGAGAAAAUAUAUACAGCUUAGAGACAGUGGUUGAUUUCAACAAUGGAAUGUCUGAGACAAGUGCUAUACUCUUUUCUCCUUCAAGCUCUUCCUCGGAGGCAACACGAGUGAAGCUCCCAACACUAGCCGCAACCGAUAAGCAUCUGCUUGCAUUUACAGGCGACGAGAGUUUCUAA